UUCUCCAAUUUCACCUCCUCCAUCAUACAGAUCUAAAUCUCUCUCUCUAAGAUUCUCUCUCUAGAGCUUCUCCGCAUUCCUCGCUCGCCAUGGUUUCCGAAGGCGUCCUCCUCGGCAUGGGCAACCCCCUCCUCGACAUCUCCGCCGUCGUCGACGACGGCUUCCUCCACAAAUAUGACAUCAAGCUGAACAAUGCGAUUCUCGCCGAGGACAAGCACCUGCCGAUGUAUGACGAAAUGGCUAAAAACUACAGUGUAGAUUACAUUGCUGGGGGUGCUACUCAAAACUCAAUCAGGGUUGCUCAGUGGAUGCUUCAGAUUCCUGGUGCAACCACCUUCAUAGGCUGCGUUGGAAAGGACAAAUUUGGGGAGGAGAUGAAGAAGAAUGCAAAACUUGCUGGUGUGAAUGUCCACUAUUAUGAGGAUGAAAAUGCAGGAACUGGCACUUGUGCCGUCUGUGUAGUAGGUGGUGAAAGGUCUCUUAUUGCCAAUCUCUCUGCGGCCAAUUGCUACAAGUCUGACCACUUGAAACAACCAGAAAACUGGGCACUAGUUGAGAAGGCCAAAUACUUCUACAUCGCUGGAUUUUUCCUCACUGUAUCUCCAGAGUCUAUCCAGCUAGUUGCUGAACAUGCAGCUGCAAAUAACAAGAUGUUCAUGAUGAACCUUUCUGCUCCAUUCAUCUGCGAAUUUUUCAAGGAUGCUCAAGAGAAAGUCUUGCCCUAUAUGGACAUUGUCUUUGGAAAUGAGACGGAGGCACGGACAUUCUCUAAAGUUCAUGGCUGGGAGACUGACGAUGUUGAGGAGAUAGCACUUAAGAUAUCCCAAUGGCCCAAGGCAUCAGGAACAUACAAGAGGAUCACUGUUAUUACUCAGGGUCCUGACCCUGUCGUUGUCGCGGAGGAUGGGAAGGUCAAGAAGUUCCCUGUAAUACUGUUGCCCAAAGAGAAACUCGUUGACACCAACGGAGCAGGUGAUGCAUUUGUUGGGGGAUUUCUGUCUCAACUGGUUAAGGAGAAACCCAUUGAGGACUGUGUUAAAGCUGGCUGCUAUGCAUCCAACGUCAUUAUCCAAAGACCCGGUUGCAGUUAUCCAGCGAAGCCCGAUUUUGAAUGAGCUACUUUCUGGUUUAUUACAAAAUAGACCGGCCUUAUUCUAAAUUUCGAUCAUUCAGCCUCCUAUUCCUAUUGCUGUUUCCUCAAAUUCCCAACUUUGCUUGUCAUUUGUGUCAUGAGACGGAAUAAAGUGGGUUUUUUUUA